AAAACGAAUGUAUUUUACAAUUAAAAGCAUAUUUUGUGUUCUGUGUUUGGUUUUUCAUGUAAGUAGCGCCUAAUGUGACUCAUAUCGUAGAGACACCUUAUGUUACAGUUAAAUGAAUUACAACAGCGGUCUAUUCCGUUCAAUGUCGUGUGGUCUUCAAGCAGAAUAUAGGUGGUCAUGAAUAAUCCGAGCAUGUAGUUGAAAUGGCAGUUGAACAGUGAUUACGUAGGCCAUGUCUGGGGUUAUGUGUGAUGGUUAAAAUUGUAUUCGUGUACAUGGAUGAAACCUUAUAAACAGAAUAUAGUAACAAAGUGUUGUUAACAGUACUCAUUAAUGUUUUGUAGAACACGUAUAUGUGGAUCAUUACAUAAGGUUAGGCACAUUAUUAGACUUUUACGGACUUGUUUCCUAGGUCUUAGGGGAUUGUUUAUUGCUGUCUGCAACAAUUCACAUGAAUGUAUCUUGGCCAUUGAAUUGGUGUGAGACAUAGGGCCUAAAUGCAUACUGUUUUCGUUGGUUUGGCGUAUGUACCUUUACAGGCGAAAUGCGACACAAGGCACAACUAUUAUUGCUUUUGAUGCUGUUGGUGUGGGUGGAGGUUGAUGGAAGUAAUCAAGAUGGUAUAAAAUCAAGACGUGAUGAGAAACAAGAAAGCAAAGAAGAGUCUGACACCAAAAAUGAUCAAAAUGUAUAUUUGAAUCGUAUUGACAGUAUUCGUUCUAAUGCUGUGAGGAUUGUUCCUGCUCCUGACUUAUCAAAGUCAGAAGAAAAAUGGAAAGGUGAUGAUGAUAGUGAAGCUGGAGAUGUGGAAGUGGAGUUACUAUCUGAACAAGCCAAAUGGAUCCAAAGGAUGAUUGCCGAAGUAGAAGGGGUAGGAACCGAGUUAUUGGAUGAAGGAGAUGAGGAAACAGUUGAUGUUAGAGAAGAUGAAAUAGAGGAUUUGACAACAGUACACCCACCAAGAGAGCUUACACCUCUGGAAAAGCAAGCUCUGAAACUGUAUGAAAGUGGACUUGCAAUGUUGAAUGUGACACGUCCAAAUAAGCUUGAGGCAUAUCAGAUGCUGCAGCGAGCAGGUGAGCUGGGUCACAGCCAGGCAAGAGUCUUAGUUGCUUGGGCACAGCUCUUGGGUUCCCCCAUGCCACAGGAUAUUGAAACAGCUAAACAGGCAUUUCAAGAAUUGGUUGAAUUGGGUGUUCCAGAUGCGCACAUGGGUUUGGGAUUUCUUUAUGCCACUGGCAUUGCUGUAAAUGCAAGCCAAGCAAGAGCCAUUGUUCAUUACACAUUUGGAGCUAUUGGAGGUAGUUUGUGGGCACAGAUGGCUUUGGGUUAUCGCUACUGGUCGGGAGUGACUGUUGCUACAAGCUGUGAGAGAGCCUUGGACUUCUAUAGAAAAGUUGCAAACAAAGAUUUAAUAGACACCAUCUGAUAUUUCCAGAACUUUUCUGGACAUGGGAUAUUUGUCAGUUAAAACUGAAAAUGUCCACUAAUGACUUGUAGCCAUGAGUGUAGAUUUAAGGCCAAAAUCAUUCUAAAAGACAGUACAUGUAAUAUUAAAAUGAUUAUAAAAUACUGUACAAACAACUUUUGAAAUACAAUAUUAUACUAUAUAA